UUUAGGCUUUCUUAUAAAAGCACGCGUGCACAAUACUUGCAACAAAUAUAUUUUUUUUUUAGUUUUGCGAGCAACAGACAAGUGGAAAAUGAUAUGAAAUGAAACUGUAAGCGUAAUACCUGACAACGCAACUGCUACUGAUAAGUAUUAAUCAAGGAAAAUGAUAGUUGCAAAUAAUGCUAAAUAUAACCAACGAGCAGCAACACCGUGAACUGUGUUAUUAAAUCAUUUGUGCAUGUGUGUGUGUCGCCUUUAUUCAAUUGGCGAAAAUUCAAUAAUUGCACACACUCGUCCUCCCGGCCUUUUGACGUCACACCAAAGCGACAGCUGUUUUCGUGACGCGUUAGGGAAAAUGUCGCACUUCGUUGUUGCUGCCAGUAACUAAACGAUUCAACUUAACGAAAGUGCAUCAUGGAUAGUUCCAUGUACUACAAAGCUGUGCGCGACAGCGCUGCCACAGAUGCUGCUUUGGUCAGCAGCAGCAGCGAAUUCGCCGUCGACGUUAGCGUCACAACGUCGGCUACACCACGCGUCGAGGAUGGCGUCUCUAUGGAUAAUUUCUAUCCGGCUUUGGUUCAAUGCUUUGGCAUUAUUAUAUGUGGCUACAUAGCUGGACGCUUUAAGAUCAUAAGCAAUGCGGAAACUAAAGGAUUGGCCACAUUUGUGGGCACCUUUGCCCUGCCCUCACUGAUCUUACUGUCGCUGGUGAAACUCAACUGGAGUGCCGUCAAUUGGACCUUUAUGCUGGCCAUGCUCAUCUCGAAAGCAAUUGUUUUCUUUGCCGUGCUCGUCAUUAGUCUGCUGGUUGCUCGACCUUUGAACUAUGCCCGUGCUGGCUUGAUGGCAAUCUUUUGCACGCAGAGCAACGAUUUUGCCAUUGGAUAUCCAAUAGUUAUGGCUCUUUACGAGAAAGUGCAUCCAGAGUAUGCUUCGUAUUUGUAUCUAAUGGCGCCUAUUUCAUUGGCCAUUCUGAAUCCCAUUGGUUUGGUACUCAUGGAAAUCAGCAAGAUUAUCAAAAACAAGGAGGAAGUUACUAGGAAUCCGCCACUCUGUCCGGAAACCUGUCCCGCUGAGCAAUUGAGCAAACAACGUCGUUUCCUGGGCGAGCAUUCAAUUCUGGUUUGGAACACUGUUAAGUCGUUGUUCUUCAAUCCAUUGCUGUUGAUGACUCUGCUCGGUGUCGCUGGUGGCUUUUUGUUUCCCAAUGGUCUGCCUGAAAUGGUGGCCGGUGUGUUGCGCGUCUUCGGACAGAGUUUCUCAGCCACAGCUCUCUUCCUUUUGGGCCUGAAAAUUGUAGGCGGCGGCUCUGGCGCGGAACGCAAAACCAUGGGCAUGGGAUCGUUGCUGCCCAGUGUGCUGAUAUUGGUCAAGAUCUUGGUCCUACCUCUGGUCUGCCGUCAGACUGUCAACAUUAUUCAGGCUGGCGAUAACUUCAAUGACACCACUGAGUUGAGUACUUUUGGCUUUCUUUAUGGCACUUUUCCCGCAGCUCCCGGUGCCUUUGUCAUUGCAACGCAGUAUAACGUUGAAGUGGAGCUGAUCGCACGCAGCAUGGUGUUGUGUACAUUUAUCUCUGCUCCACUUAUGUUUAUCUCGGCCAAGAUGAUAUCAUUGACAAAUUUAAAGCCCUUGGACUAUUUGCAUGAGCUGGAUGCAUUCUCCUUUGACAUAAGCGUUGCUGGCGCAGCAGCCUGUUGCUGGAUGUUGGCUCUGUUGAUUAUUACCAAGCGGUUUAAACGCAUGCCACAACGCAUUACAGCCUGUCUGGUGUUGUCACAGUUAAUGUGCUGCAUUGGCGUCAUACUCUGGUCAAAGCUGGGUCAUGUGGAACGCUGGCCUUUGUAUCUGCAAUUCUUUUUAUUUAACAUCGGCACCUACAGUUCCCGCCUGUGGACAGCGCUUUUGGCCAUCACGCUGCUCUUUUUGCAGUGUCGCAGCUUGUGUUUCGUGCUCAAACUAUGGCCGUAUAUGCUGAUUUUUGCCUGGGGUGUACCCGCUGUCAUUUCCGGUCUGCUGAUUGCCUUUGAUUCCAAAUCUAUGCCCAGCGAGAAAAAAAAUCCCAGCUUUCAAUACGGCAAUGCACAAGCGGCAAUUGCCGUAUUCAUGCUCGUCAUGUGUUUCAUAGUCACUGUGGGCUGCCUGGUGUUGCAACAGCGUUACAAGAAGCGAUAUGAAAAGUACUUGACUUAUACGCGUGAGUUGUCCAAUCCGGAUUCGGCACCUUCAGAUUUGCACUCGACCGUUUCGACAGCCAAUUUGCUGGCCAACGUGGAUCGUUCCUCGAUCAGACAAAGCGCGCGCACCACAUCCUAUUCGUCCUCGUCGGAUGAUGAUGACAUCAUACCCACAGCAGACGUGACAGUCCAAAGAUCCAACGGAGGUUGUGGUUCCGGCAGUGGCAACUGUUGUUCGGGCUCAGCGGUGACCACGCCCACAACAGCAUCUACAGUUGUUAUGGACAUCGAAGAUCUUUUAAAUCGUAGUCGCCAACGAAACGUAAUGGAUCCCAAAGAUCUGGACAAAAUCGAUACGGCACCUCCAACUGAAUCCCACAUGUGCAGCAGCUCGUACAACUGCGGUCCGAGCACCUCGCGUCAAGGUUGCCAGAACAUCAUAGAACGUUAUGAGGAGCAGACGCGCAGCGGUUUGGAGCCGUUGGAGCACACGAGCGACUGCGAUGAGCAUCAAACAUUGAAACACACAAUCCUAUUGAUAAUUCUGUUGUGCUCAAUGUUUGUCGGCUUGGCGGUAUCGAUUUGGACGCUGGUCAUGGAGGGCAUGUCGGGUAUCUAUUUGGAAUUGAGUUUUCUCGAUGCGUUCCUUAACUUUGGCCAAGGUUUAAUUGUGUUGGCCGUUUUCAUAAGCGAUACGGGCGAGUUACUAAUGCCGCUGAUCAAAUUCUGGCGAAAGAUAUGGUAUGGCGCCAAUGUGGUCAGUCUACCCCACUGGUCGAGUCUGCGUCCAGAUACCAAACAAAUUUGCGAGCAAUUUCGCAAUCAUCAUUUGGAGAAUUGCAAAAAGGAUAUUGCUAAGGACAGAAGAUGGCGCAUACGAGUUUAUCGCAAGGUCUUCUAUGGCAGCGAGUUUGUCAGUUGGCUUAUUGAGGUUGGCCUUUCAAAGGAUCGCAUGGAGGCUGUGCAUUAUGCACGUCAUCUCGUUGAUGGUCGCGUGCUGCGACACAUUAAUAAUGUCUAUCAUUUCGAGGAUAAACAAUUGCUUUACAACUUCUGCAGUCGCAUCUAGGCGACUCAAGUGGAGGAUGAUGCAACUACGCCAAAAUAUAGUUUGUUUUAUUUGUAUUAAGAGGAAAUCAUGUAAUUUGUGUGCUGUGAUUGUACGCUAGGAACACACACACUCACACUCUCUCCCACACACUCGUACUGUCAGCCAUGCGUUAGGAGUGUGUAUAAGAAUGUCUGUGUGUUGUGUGUUUGUUAGAAUGUCCGUGUCUAUGUGCACGUAAACGUGUAUAGUGAAAAUGUUUAUUGCCUAUUUAUACAAAACGAAGAACUAGCUUUUCGCAUUGUUAAUAAACUAAGUAGAUAGUGAAUUUAGAAGCUAAACUUUGAGCUAUAGUGCAAUAAUCUAGACUAGUUAAUACAUACCUAAAAUUAUAAACAAAACAUAAAAAAAAAACGCUAAGCUUGUUUGUCACGAGCAAACAAAACAAAAGAAUCGUACAAAUACUGUGCAUAAAACGUGUGAAUUCAUACAAUAUACAAAAA